AAGAUCAGUGGAUAAUCAAUAAAGAAGGUAAGCGUGUCUUAAAAAAUACUAAAGUUAUAGGUAAGUGGAAGGAUGAAAAUGGGGGAGAUCGAGCUAUUGGCUAUGCGGGAGUUCGUGCAAAAUGCUAUAGUGUUGUGUGUGAAAAUUCAGGAAAAAAUAUGAUAAAAGCAAAAGGCCUGAAAAAAUUACUUAUCAAAAGAGAGUUUACUCAUAAAAUAUUCGAGGACUGUGCUUUAGAGGGAAAAGAGGAUCAACUACGAACUACACAAUUUCUCCGAAGUUACAAACAUCGAAUGUAUAGAAUAAAGCAAACAAAGAGGAGCAUUAACCUACUAGAUACAAAAUUGUAG